CAUUCAUCACCAAAACAUCUUUAACGGUUAACCAAUCCUUUAUUAAUAGACGCGAGUAUAUUACUAUGACUAAUUGGAUCAAGCGAACAAAGAUUUGCUUAGUCGCAUUAAUUCUCCAAUUGUCACUUUAUCUGGUGGUUGUUCGCAGUGAGCAAUUCCACUUUGACAUCUAUGAGUCUGAAGAUGUGAUUGAAGAUGUUGAAUCAGUAGGAGGGUUCAAUCAACAGUAUACUGAAUUGUCGGAUGCUUCAUUACUUUGGGGACCCUAUAGAUCUUCUUUAUAUUUUGGAAUUAGACCUCGUAUUCCUCAUUCUUUAUUAUCUGGAUUAAUGUGGUUUGGAGUCGACGACUAUGGAGGACUUCAUAAUAUCAGACACGUCUAUGAGAAGUAUGAUCCAGUUAGAAAAGCUAAUUGGAUAUCUUAUGAUCCACGUUUAGGAGGUAGAGAAGUUAUUAGAGAUGAUGAUUAUCAUAUUGAGUUAACCAUUGACUAUGUCAAGAGUUCAGAUGGUUUAUCAUGGGGAGCUAAGAUUAGAGGAGAAUAUAUGCAAGGAUUUGAAUAUAAUAAGCUUGCAUUGGUAUGGUACUCUGGAUUAGAAGGUGAAUCAGAUGAAAUUAAUGAAUUAGGCCUUAAGACUAGAAAUGGAUAUUUACAAUUAGAGAAUAGACCUCAACAGGAGGGGUAUAGGGGGAAUAUUAAGCUUGGAGGUAUCUCAGAAGAAUUGGGAAUGUUUGACAUUGAGAUUAAUGAUGGUCCAGCAUCUAAUAGACAUCCAAAGGGUGACCCCAAAUAUCACUUCUUAGAUCCUCUGAAAACUCAACAUUUAAGUUUAGCGGUUCCUGAUGAUAAUACUUGGAGAGCUAAAGAUAUAUUUCUUGCAUUGCUACUGGAUUCAGUUGAAGAUCUACUUGAAACUAAUGGGAAUGCUGUUCCACCAGAACAAGCUUUCUUACUUCGUGAUAUGAAGCAUUAUCAAGGUAACUUACAUUUUGUUCAAAAGGUAUUUGAAGGUAAGUUUGAAUUCGAUAUUAUCUAUACUAAUAAACUUACGAGACCUACUGAAAUGAUAACCUUUGACAAUAUUAAUGAAAAGAUUGAUAGGAACCUUAAGAUUUUUGAUGAUAAGUUUAAUGAUAAGUUCCAAUUGAAGGCACCCUAUGAUAAACAAUCAAAACAUCUCGAUUUUGCUAAGGAACUCUUAUCUGGUUUACUUGGAGGAUUAACUUAUGCUUAUGGAGAUCAUUUGGUUGAUAGAGAAACCAAAUUCGAUGAUGAAUCAUUUGAAGAAUAUAAAUUAAAAGGAUCACUUGAAGGUCCUCAUGAAUUAUUCUCAUUAGUACCAUCAAGACCAUUCUUCUCCAGAGGAUUCUUAUGGGAUGAGGGAUUCCAUUUAAUUCCAUUAAUUAAUUAUGAUUCAGAUUUGGUAUUUGAAGUGUUACAGUCAUGGUUUAAUUUGAUUGAUGAAGAUGGUUGGAUUGCUCGUGAACAGAUCCUUGGACCAGAAGCAAGAUCAAGAGUUCCUGAAGAAUUCCAAGUUCAAAGUCCAGAAAUAGUUAAUCCUCCUACAUUAAUGCUUGUGUUCACAUAUUUAUUGAAUAAUAUCAAAGACCCUCAUAAUCUUGAUCUUGAUACUCCUUAUAAUGUUGAUGAUAUCACUAGUUUGGAUUCUAAGAAUUUAGGGUCAUUAAUACUUAAUAAUCCAAAGUUAUUAUAUAAUUAUACCCAAAAUAUCUAUCCUAAAUUGAAAACUCAUUAUGAAUGGUUUAAGAGAACUCAACAAGGGUUAUAUAGAGAAUUUGAAGAUAGAGGUACUAAUGGUGAGGUAUAUAGAUGGAGAGGUAGAACUUUAACUCAUUGUUUAGCCAGUGGGAUUGAUGAUUAUCCUCGUGCUUUACCAGCCGACAUUGCUGAAUUAAACAUUGAUUUAUUAUCAUGGAUAGGAGUCAUGACCAGAUCCAUGAAGAUGAUUGCAGAAUUGUUACAUCUUGAUGAAGACUAUGAACAAUAUAAAAAGACCGAAGAAGCUAUUAUUGAGAAUAUAGACGCCAUCCAUUGGUCAGAAGAGCAUCAAGCUUAUUGUGAUGUAAGUGUUGAUGAUGAUGAUAUCAAUAUUCAUGUAUGUCAUAAGGGAUACGUUACCCUCUUCCCAUUCUUAACCAAAUUGAUUCCUGAACAUGAAGUAUCCAAAAUUGAGAGUAUUGUAGACUUAAUUAGUGAUCCAGAAGAGUUAUGGACUGACUUUGGUCUUAGAUCAUUAUCCAAGUCUGACGAAUACUAUAAGACAGAAGAGAACUAUUGGAGAUCACCAAUCUGGAUUAAUAUUAAUUAUAUGGCGCUUGAUGCCUUACAGCAUUACUAUGAUAUAUCCAAGUCUUAUAUGAGUAAAGAAUUAAAGGAAAAGGUAACCUCUACUUAUCAUCAAUUACGAUUAAACAUUAUUAAUAACAUUGCUGAUAAAUGGGAAACUACUGGUUAUAUAUGGGAAGCUUAUGAAGAUGAUAGUGGAAAAGAAAAGGGAGCUAAGAAUUUCCUUGGCUGGUCAUCAACAGUAUUAAUUAUGAUGACUAUGCCAGAAAAUUUAUAGUACAUAGGUAAAUAAAAAAAGUUACACAUUCA